ACUAGAAAGACUAGACAGAAAAGUAGCUGCUGUACUGCUUAGUAUAUUCUGUGCUUGUGAGCCAGGAUGAUUUAGACUGCAUUUUUGCUUGCAAACUAUAAAGCAUUAAAUAUAUUGACUUUUCCAGAUUAGUCUGGUAAACCGAAGGCAUUAUGAAAGCUUCUGUUGGAGUGUGUGUGGUGUUCGUUCUGGCUCUGGUGGGGCUUGGCUCUGCCAUCAAAUGUUACAGUUGUAAGGACUACACGGGCACAUGCUCUAAAAUUCGGAACUGCUACUAUGAUGAUGCCUGUGUGUCCGUCUACGAGAGAGGCGGUGACACGUACAGGCAGUGUAUAAAGUAUUCUGAUUGUAACUACAACGUAAUCGGCGAGAAAUUUCCCAAACUUUCCAGCUUCAAGUUCUCCUGCUGUACCAGUGACCUGUGUAACACAGCACCCGUGUCCGUGUCCAGUCGCUCUGUGGUGGGAAUACUGCUCUCGCUAGCACUCUUCUGGUGGGGUGUUCUCUAAAACGCUUCUGCAUUGUUCCUUGCAAAGCUGGCAGUGGUAUCAUGCAGAGAGAAUGCAGAGAUCUUCUAUAUCUUGAUUUAAGUGGUCAAAGAAGCAUUCACAGCUUAAAUCUCAGCUGUAUGUUAAAACUGCGUGUGCUCACUGCUAAAGCUUAUAAGCUAAAGCUUGUAUGUUUUGAUUUUUUGCACUUAAUAGUGAAAGGGAAACCAUCUGAAUAUAAUUUAUAGUAUUCGGUGCUGCUUUAUGUAAGUUAUGUGUACUUUUUCGCGGCUAAUCCUGUUACCCAGAAAAGGGGCACGACUGAGUGGGUUACGAGGGAUGCUGACAUUUUCAAAGGGUUAAUGUAUCAUCAACAUUUUCAUAAAAACCCUUUACGCCUGCUUUUCCACUGCCUUGUUUACGAAUGUCUCUUUUAAAACGUAAAAUCUCUUGAAAAACAUUGCGUGCAAUAUGUAGACAUGUAGUCUUUUCAGUGUGCUGAUUAGCUUCUUGUUACCACGAUAGCCAGCGAAACUUACCUUUACCUACGAACCUUUAUGUGACCAAUAAAAGGAACAUGCACUUUUAUGCAAAUUAAGAGUUUGAGAAUUCUGUUAAAUAUUUACAACGAUUCCUCGUAUAUAGCUGUCAGCUGGAGCUGGUUUAAAAUUUGAGGUAUGUGAUUUAUGUUGUAAAACAAAAUGUGUUGUCUCUUCAGCUAAUGUUAACCAAAGUACUCAACCAGUAGACAAAACCCACAGUGAAAAAAAAAAUAGGCCUAGGGUGUUUAACAGGCAUGACUAACAAGUAUGUUACCCUGUUAUUUAUAACCAUUAUUUAUGUGCUUUGUUUCAGUAUUUUUUUUCUUCUGGAAGUUAAUUAUUAUAAUUAAUAGUUCUUUGUCAAUAUGACACAAAUAAAUGUUUUUUGGCCAUUC